ACCAAGAUGACAUUGUUGUAGAAAAGCAGUCUGAAAAGCAAUCUCGGACGUUAGCAGAACGUUUUUAUUAUUAUACUUCUAUUCAUGUUCAUUAAUGUAUAAUUGAUAUAAUUGACAUUUUGCAAAUAUGUUACCAGUAUAUAUAUUAUCGAAAUACAAUAUAAGGCCCUUAAAUGGAGCAUUAUUUCAAUGGCGAAAUAAUACUGUUAGAUUAUAUUCGUCAUCAUCAGAUUCAUCAUCUGAUUCUGAUUCUGACACUGAAAAAUCAAAAUCAAAGAAAACUGUCAAAAACUCUGUAACAUCAGAUAAUAGGGAUAAUUUGGGAAGUUUCUUAAACAAUAUGAUACAAAAAACUGUAUCUACAAAGAUGGCCAAAGAUACCGGGAUGGUUAAAGAUACUCGCUCAGAAAAUGUGAGACAAGAAACUACAAAAACGGCAAAUGCAACUGAUUUAAUAGACUAUGUAAAUAACAUGAUGAAGGAGAGGAAAUUGAAGAAAACUAUUGAUGUUGCUAUGCAAUCUAAAAAGAAAUCCAAAAAUUCAUUGAAUAAAACCAAACAUAUGUCAUAUGAAAAAAAAUUAAUAAGUGCAGCAGAAAAUGUGGCCAGCACACUUGGUGGAGAUAAAAUAAAAACUACAUCAGAUUUACUUCAGAAAGUUCUUGCAUCUAGAGUAGAAAUACUGAGGAAAGAGCAAUUGGCAGAUACAAAGUCAAAGGAGGAUAUUAGUUCACCAAAACACGAAGAACAACAAAGAAAUAACAAAUAUACAGAAAAGAAAUCUAUAAUACACACUCUGCUCAAAGAAUAUAAUCAGGAUAAGAAUAUAAAGCAAUCAGUAGUUGAAAAUAGUAUAGGAAAACAAUUGUUAAAUAAUAUUAAAAUAUCUGCUGAACAAUUACAAAAUAAUGCUCUAAAAAGACAAGACAUCGAUUUAUGGAAUGGGGAGCCUAGUCGCAUUUUUGAAAAUAUGAACAUCACUCCAUCAAAUAUACCAGAAUUGACAACUUGGGCAGCAUUAGAACAAAGAGAGUUGAAAGCAUUAAUGACUUACCCACCUGCCAAUAUAUUUCAAGAAUUGAUUCUUUGGACAGAACAAGGAAAAUUAUGGAAAUUUCCUAUCAACAAUGAACAAGGAAUGGAAGAAGAACAGAAUAUUCAUUUUUCAGAGCAUGUUUUUAUGGAACGUCACUUGAAAGAAUGGUGUCCUAAAUCAGGACCAAUACGUCAUUUUAUGGAAUUAGUAUGCACUGGACUUUCCAAAAAUCCAUAUUUAACAGUUCAAGAGAAAAUUAACCAUAUUAUGUGGUAUAAAGAUUUCUUUGAAUCAAAGCAAGAUUUAUUGCAAGAGCUAGGAGCAAUUCAGAAAUCAUUUCCUGAUAAAACAAAAGAGAUUAAAGAAUAAAGUAUAAUAUAAACA